CAGCCGAGGCUCAGCCGGGGCCGCCCGGCAGCGCCAGCAGCAGCUCUUUGCCUUCCACCUCCCCAGGGCUUCGGCCUCCAGAGAAGAGCCAGCCCGAGGGGUGGGGUGGCCUCUGUAGCCCUGCUGCCCGUGCCUGCGCCUGAGGGAGAGGAGCCGAGCUGCUCAGGCCCACAACCCUGCAGCUUCUUUGCAGGCGGCUGCUUCUGCUUCUUUGGGAGGAUGUGCUGAAGGGGCUGAAUGCCUCCUUCACUGCAAAUUUCAAGGUUUGCUGAGAAAAAUGAUGAGUGAAAAUGAUGGUUAAGCAGAUGGUUUAAAUUUCUGCGUCGCCUUUCUCUGCGGUUUCUCUGUCAGCUUCUGUUCUGCCACUGAAAAGAAGGGAGGAAAAUGAAACACAGCCGCUUCCCUAAAGAAAUGAAUAAUGAUUCUAACAGUUUUUAAUCAACUUUCUUUUUAUCAAGAAAAGAUGAUGGAUUUUAGCAAGAAAGGCAAAGAGUGAGGAAAAAAGCCUGCAGCUAAUUCAACUUUUGGGCACUGAAAUGUUGAAAAGAACACAUGUUUAUCUUGCUUUUUUUUCCCCUCUAGAUUGAAGGUUACAAAUGUGCAUCACAAAAAUUUAUUGUCUCAGCAACUUCAGCUGACUUUUAUUUUUUAUGUCUACAAGGAGAUAAACCUGGUGAAGGGAGAAAUAAAGGAUUUUCAGCAAAGCCCCAUCCCAUGUGGGUUUGCAGUUGGGCUGAACUAGGAGGCCCUGAGGCAAAGGCCACUGCACAGCAGUAGCCAGAGGACUUGUCUGCCCUUGCUGUAGCCAGUCAGCCAUUCAGUGAGCUGAAGCAUACAGCAAGUUGUGUUUUUGGGGAAACCUGCCUCAGGCUCAAGAAGUACUGUGAUUCUUGGCAUGCUCAACCACUAAGACCCAAUGGUUUGGCUGGUAUCAUAGAUGCAAAGGUGUGUGUCUGUUUUUCUCUGCUUGUGCGUGGAGACUGGAGUGGCAAAGAAAAGAGAAGUUCAACCAGAAGCAACAUGAGGGACAGUAUUUAAUGCUGCAAGACAGGAAGUAAGUGAAGCAGCUAAUCAGGUGAUUCACAGUGAAAAGUUUAAAGAGCAGAGUGGGAGCUGCUGCAAACAUCAACAUGCCUGGUAGGACAGAAGCAGCAGCACUCAUUUCUCUGGAUGUGGUUAUUGACUGCAACAGGAGCUGCUAAAUCUAGGAGCCCAGCAUGGACGAAGCAGCUGAACCCAUAUGGCAGCUUGAGGAUUCACCUGACAAUGCAGGACAGCAGGAGCAGAGCCCUGAUGAUGGAGACACAGCAGAAGUGCUGGAGCAGCCUGCACACAGCAAGGACGAGCCACCCCAGAGCCAUACCCUCCUGUGGGAGACUCUAGGCAAGCAGUUAGUAGAAUAUGAACAAGUGGCUCCAUUUCUCAUCCCCGAGGAUCAACAAAGAAGGCUGCUGGAAUUUCUUCCCCUCUUCUUAAAGGCCUGGGAACAGUCUGCUGGAGCAAUCGUAUUGCCCAACAUUCAGUUGUUAGCCAGUGAGGUUUCCAAGCUUCUGACUAAAGAAAUUAAGAGGAACCUCAAUGGCAAGCCUGCAGAAGAAGCUCGUCUGGCUUUGGAGCAAUUCCUGCAACAGAAAGGGGAAGCAGGAGAUGGCCAUUUGCUCCUGAAAUCAGUGUAUCUGCUCUCACAGACUGACUUGAAGACUAUGUGGAACAUUAUUGGAUCUGGACUUCCAGCUGCUCUGAUGCAGUGCCUGUACCUUUUCUUUACUAUCCCUCUGAAGAAAAUCAGCGAUGACAGGGAGACAAGUGAGGAUGAUACCCAAACUCAGGAAAUGCUUGUUAAGAUAAUGCUUAACAUGUACAAAGAGGAACAAGGAGUAGAGGAGCUUCUGGCAGCUGAUAAGCUACAGUCAUUAAUUAUAGCAACUUCUUCUCUGUGGGACCAGUGCAGCCACUCAUGGAAAGUACCUACAGGCCGUGUGCUAAGAACUGCAAAUAACUUUAAACUUGUUUGGCUGUCAUUUCUUAAAUACCUGCUGUAUUUUUUUCCCACAGCUGUUGACUGCAUUAAAAUAGCUGUACAGAACCUCUUUACACUGGCUGAUACUCUACCUGCUUGUGAUGUGUGUGAAGCUGCUAGUAUUGUGUUGUGCUUUGUGAAAGAUUCCUAUCCUGUAUCAUCAGCUUUAUUAACAGAGUUUGAAAAUAAUGAUGGCUACCAACUCCUGCUAAAAAUUUUACUCAGAUGUGAGGGUUUGCAGCAAAAUGGAGACCCCUAUCUGGAUGAGAUCUUGGACAUGCUGACUUGCCUUACAACCUGUGGAAAAACUGAACUGAAAGUUUCUGGCAAUAUUGUACACCCACAGUUGCCGCACUUUGAUUUUGAACGGACGCAGUCUACUGGAAUGACAGUGAAAAACCUCCAGCCUUUUCAGGUGUUGCAAUCCAUUUUCCAAAGAAGUAAUGAUCAACACCUGUGUGGAAGAAUCUUGGCAGCAAUUGGUACCAUAUGGGCUUGGGACAGAAUGAACUUCUUUCUUCUGGAAUGGACACUGCAACCUAUCAGCCAAUUCACUGACAUAAUUCAUUUCAAACCCCACCCAGUCCAAGUCCAGUUCUUCAGGCUGGUGGAGUCCAUAGUCCUAGACCUGUUCUAUGUCCCCCAUGAGAUUUUGAAGAAGAUCCAGUAUUUGAUAAAGGAAAACAUAAUGCCGUUCUGCACCUUAACAGCUCUCCAGUGUCUUCUUAGCAUGACCCAGAAGGACCUGUUAUUUAGUGAUAUUUUCCGUGACUCUGGGCUCUUAGGCCUACUGCUGGCACUUUUGAGGAAGGAAGCCAAGAUCCUGAGGAAAUCAGCUGGAACUCAUCUGCCUGGCCUGAAAGAAGGCACUGAGAAGGAAUUAAAUGUUGUGAUGCUGAAGAUGGUGGCUGCCCUUACAGCUAGGUCUGUGAGGAACACAGUUGUUCUGAAGGACUAUGGAAUGGUACCAUAUAUCAAGAUAUUUUUGGAUGAUGAGUGCUACAGGAGUGCUACUCUCAGCAUCUUGGAGCAGUUAUCAGUCAUCAAUUAUGAAGAAUAUAUGAGCAUUAUUAUUGGGGCUCUGUGUUCUUCCACUCAAUGGGAACUGCAUCUGAAAUUAGAUCUUCUGAAGUCGCUCUUGAGGAUACUGGAGAGUCCCAAGAGCCAUUCAGCUUUCAGAACCUGCAGUGGAUUCAAUGGGCUCCUGUCCCUCCUCUCAGACAUGGAAGGUGCAUUGCAGGACCCUCCUUCUGGGCAGUGGGCAGAAGUUGGACAGAAUUGUAUCUUGGAGCUGGUUUUCUGCACUCUUCAGGGGAUAACUGCAGCCCUGCACCUAGACCCUGUCAACAGCAGCUUCUUCCAGAAGAAUGGUCUCUUUGCAAAGAUGGCAGAGGAUCUCGGAUCACUUGGAUGCUUCUGGACAGAAGGGGAAAGGCAAAUUCCUGUGACCCUUGAGAAGAAAAGGACAUUUGCAGAAUUCUUGGGUGCAGCAUUCUGUUCUUCAGAGCCCUUUCCAGCAUGGCUAAAAAACUGCAUUUGGAUUCUGAAUUUUCUUGAUCAUAUGGUCAAAGGAACCCUCCAUCAGGAAAGCUACUUUAAGGAGAGGAAGCCAGAGAUGGGAAAAGACUCAAGAGAUGAUCAGGAGGCAUCCCAAGCUCAAGAAGAGCAUCCUGUUGCUUUCAAAAGACCAGGCAAUAAAUUACCUGCCUCUGCCUACAUGCUAUGGGAAAACCCUGAAGAGAAGUUGGAAAUGAGAGACUGCAUCAUUGUACAUCCAGGCGCUGCCUGUGUCAUGGUGAGCUUGUUGCCAAAGCUGUACAAAGAAGGACAUGCUCAGAACCUCUUUGCUGUUAAUGAUAAUUAUGAUGUGUAUUUUUACUGCAGGUUGGAAAUGAGAGACUGCAUCAUUGUACAUCCAGGCGCUGCCUGUGUCAUGGUGAGCUUGUUGCCAAAGCUGUACAAAGAAGGACAUGCUCAGCUUUCCCUGGAAAUUCAAUGUGCUCUGGUUGAUCAUAUCCAGUCCUUAGUGAAGUCAGAGAAGAGCCGACAGGUGAUGUGUGAGUCUGGCCUGCUGAGCACAAUCAUAACCUCCUGUCAAGAUGCUUUCUACAGUGACAGUCAUCCCCUGCAUCUGCCCCUCACGAGGGUGUUUGAGAAGCUGGCAUCUCAGGCUGUUGAGCCACACGUGUUAAGGCAAUUUCUGUGGUUGGGGGCUUCUCCAUUACCACCUUUGAGGCCCAGCGCAAACAAGACCAAGGUCCUUUCACAUCAGAAGAGUGAUUCAGCUAAUGCAGGUUCAGAAGAGAGUGUGGUGGACAGUAAAUCUGAUCCUCAGACUGUUGUGCCUGUCAGAACCUCUCCUUGGCUGUCCAAGGGAUCUACACUGGCACUCCAGACUGCCAUGAGUCUCAUCUCCAUGACAUCACCUCGGAACUUCCAGCUACACAGCACUGCUUUAGCUCCAUCAUUUGUGGAGUUUGACAUGUCCAUGGAAGGCUAUGGGUGUUUAUACCUCCCUACCUUGGCCACUGUCAUGGGAUCCAGUGCAGACCAGUCUCUCUUGGGAGGGACUGGCAUGGGCAGCAGAAUGUUCCCUCCCUCAAGUGGCCUGACACUCUCCUGCUGGUUCCUGGUUAGCAAGUUUGGUUUGGCACACAACAGCCACCCACUCCGCUUCCUGACAGUGGUGAGGCACAUGUCAAGAACAGAACAAGAAUUUGUUUGCUUUUCUGUAAGCUUCUUCCCACAGGACCUUUCUCUGGUCAUUUCUACAGAAGAAGUGGAAUUCCAGCCACUUGAUAUAAUGGAACCUGAGGGUGAGGUCCUAAAUCCCUCCCCGUUUCCAGGGCAAAUCCAGUUUGGCUGUGGUAAACUUCUGGUUAUUGGUCAGUGGCAUCAUCUCACAGUGACAGUUGCUAAGGAAGCAAAGAAGAGCUGUGUUGUGUCAGCUUACGUUAAUGGUCACAUUCUUGGCUCUGCAAAGAUGCAGUAUCUCCAGCCUUUACCAGGUGGCUGUAUGUCCAUGGAACCCUCUUCUUUUAUUGAUGUCUAUGGGUACAUAGGUACUCCUCGAAUUUGGAAACAGAAGUCCUCCUUGACCUGGCGCCUUGGUCCUACGUACUUGUUCGAAGAAGCCAUUUCUAUGGAAACCAUAGAAGUUAUUAUUAAGCUUGGCCCUCAGUAUUGUAGCAAUUUCCAAGCAGUACAACUUCACGAUGAGGACCAGUACAGUGAUCAUAUCAUCACACCUCUGGUGGCAGAAGAUAAGAUUUCUUUUGGAAUCAAUGCUGUGUGCUCAUCUCUUACUACAGUCCAAGAUAUAAAGAGCUCUUACAAUGAAGUGGAUGGUCGGCUGAUUGCCAAAGAGAUUGGGAUUAAUUCUCGGGACAGUUCAACUCCAAUAUUCCUAGCUAAGAAUAUUGCUGGACACCUCUCAGGUUCCUUGCGGACUAUUGGGUCAGUUGCUGUGGGCCAAUAUGGGGUAAGAAUGUUCCAGUCCUCUCCAGCAGCUACCAGCCUGAACUUUAUUGGAGGCCCUGCCAUUCUCCUGGGUCUCAUUGCUAUGGCCCGUGAUGACCACACCAUGUAUGCAGCUGUCAAAGUCCUGAACUCCAUCCUCAACAGUAGCCCCUUGAGUAGAAAACUGAUGAGGCACAUCCAUGGAUACCAGUUGCUGAGCUAUCUACUGAAGAGGAAAACUCAACUGCUGAACAACAGGAUUUUACAGUUAAUGUUCUCCCUAGUGGGCACAGCUGAGCUGGGCUUUGAGUCUUCUGUCAUCAAGAAUUAUAGUGCUUUCCAGUAUGUUCUCUGCAACUUUGAGCUUUGGAUGAAAGCACCAGAAAAUCUUGACCUUGUUCUUCUUUCCCAUCUUGUGGAGAUCUUGCAGUCCUCCAGAGAUGCAUGUCAGAAUGUUGUAAUUGCCUACCAGGUGCAAAUGGUGCCCAAGCUUGUUUUCCUUUUCAAUGAUCCUGAAAUCAGCAGCUCCAAGAUCACUGUGGCCUGUACUAUUCUGUAUCAUCUCUUGCAAGGAUACUUUAAUACAAGGGAUGUUCUCAGGAUUGGAUUGUUCCUUGUUUACACCUUGAAACCUUCUUCUGUGGAUGAAAAUCAGAUUUACCUGGAGAGUGUGGCUGAGAUGCCCACUGAAGCCUUAAACCAAACAUCUGGAAAGACAAUCUGUCUUCGAAACCAGCUACUGAAGAUGCUGUUAGAUGUAAUACGCUCAGACAAACUUCACCUGUCCUCUGAGGAAAAAGAAAAGACGUUUUUGGCACUGGGGCCAGACUGGUUUCUGCUGUUCACACAGAGCUACCUGCACUUCAGCACAGUGGUCCUGGGAAUCAAACUGCUUCUGUGCUUCCUCCAUGAUCGUUUGCUGCUCAGCAAAUUCAAGGAGGGGAUAGUGGCUGGGCGUUGGCUGGAAAACAGCUCUACAGGGUUGAAUAUUCUGAUGGAUAAUUUAAAAAGUCAUCCUUCAGUGCCUGACAAUGGCUACUUCUUGAUUUUUGGUUUUUCUGUAUUGCAAAAAUGUCUGACUGAUCAUGUUCACAUCCCUGAGAUCUACUUGGUUGUGGCAGAGCUCUUUCUGGCAACUCCACAGUCUGAACCACCUGAAACAGUCAAGAAAGAUCUUGAGUCUAUGUUGCAGUGGAUCUUGCAUCACCACCUUAGAGAGAAUGUCCUCAAAUUUGGGUUGUGUGCAGAGGCAGCUGUGUUGCUGCUGGAAAUGGUUCGAUUCACUGCGGACAAGUCUAUUGCAGAUGCAGAAGCCUCCUGGGCACUUGCCUAUCCAGGGAAUGUUAUGGAGUUUCUGUGCUUGAUCUAUCACAGUUACACACAGGACCCCAUGUGGCACUGUCCUGACUUCCUGAAAGCUUUGGCUAUGCUUGCUUUUCAUUCAGGACCACCCAAGGGUGGGUCUGAAGACCUUUUGACUCCUGAUGGUCCAGCCAUUGCUGAAGGGAAAGGCUGUGCUGAUCCCUGCUCUAUCCCACUCCUACCACACCCUGCCAAGAAACAAGUGUGGGAUUUUGUGAGAGUCCUCCUGAUGGACAGUCUUCUGAACAUCCCAGCAAACAAACAAGGACAUCCUAUUGAGCUGCUUCUUGAGGCUUCUCCAGAAGAUGCCACCAGUGAGCAGAAGAGACUUUUUCAGACAAAAGUUCUGCUGUCUGCUAUGAAUGUCUUUCAGGUUACCAGCCAAGGUGAAGGGAAAACGAGACCUAGAGGGAGCAGUGAUCCUCAUGGUACUUCAGAAUCAGCUGCACCCCCAUCCAUGAUGAAUAAUACUUAUUUUGUUCAGAAGCUCAUUGAGAAGCUGAACAGCAGAAUGUUUGCUGCUGACCCCAAGCAAAUCCUGAUCUUCAUUGCCAAACAGAUUAUGUGGGUCUUAGAAAGCUCUGUUUCUCAAAAGGAAGUUUUCCUCAGUGCCCUGUACAGCUGCUUAAACAGAGCCAUCCUAUACUGCUUGUCCAGACCACAACAGUCAUUGCCGGAACAGUUUAAUGUCCUGAAUACUCUCAUUGUUCUGCAAGAGCAGUGGGACAUUAUUUUUGCAACUUACAACUCAAAUAGUAAUUUUGUCAUCUGCCUGAUGUACUGCCUUUGCCAACUGAACUCAGGCAGCUGUUCAGAAGGUUUUGGGUUGGAUGCAAAACCAAAGCUGGCUUCUUAUCACCAGAUUUUCCUUGCACCCAGUGAAGAGGAGAAGGUGGUGCCUACUCCAGAUGAUGUCCACCAGGAGAUCCUGAGACUGAUAGAAAUCAUCUGGAAGCAGCUCAUUUCUCAGAGGCGGCAGGCUCUGGAGGACACUUACAAGAUGGAUCUUUCUGUAAAAGGAAAUGACAAAGAAAGGGACAUGAAGAUAACAGAGAUCACUCCUUUAUGGGAAGAAAUUAUGACAAAAGCUUGGCAGCACUUGCUAGUAUCUGAAAAGAAGCUUCUCCAGAAUAAAGCAGGGCCAAGCCUGUCCCAGAGCAAGCACAAUUCCUGGAGUGAAAGCCUCUCUUCAGCUAUUAGGUUCAUACCUGGCCGAAACACAAAGGAAAUGCCUUGCAAAUCAGAGGGAUUUGUGUCAUGUAUGGAACAGUACCGAAGAGUUGGGCAGGAGCUGUAUGCUUCUCUGUACAAGGACCAUGUACAGAUGCAGCAGUGUGCUUACAGCAAAGCAGCCAAGGACUGGAUGAUACUUGAGGAGCAACUUUUCUACAGAGGGGGCCCAUGGAGAGAUGCUUCACGAUCAUUAGAGCCACGAUGGAUUCUUGAUUGUUACGAGGGGCCCUCACGAAUGAGGAGGAGGAUUCAACAUGUGAACACCCACGUGGCAACGAUGCGAAUGAGGAGUGAGGUUCUUCUAGGAAACAGAAAGGAAACAACAUCCCCCACUGAAAUGAAUCCAGGAGAGCUGAUGUUAAAUGGAGCAGAGAGGGACAUGGAUCAGAAGGGACUGGAUUGUGACCAGCUAACAUUCUUCCCAGCUCUACAUGAAAGUUUCCAUUCAGAAGACUUCUUGGAACUGUGUGUGGAGAGACAAAUUAUAUUGCAGGAGUUUGCAGAGAGUGAAAAGGUGUCUUUCAAGUGCUCCGUGGCAAUUGUGCAGGGCCAUACAGCACUGGAAGGGGUGCUGCUCUUUGGCAAAGAGCACUUCUAUAUCUGCGAGUGCUUUGUGUUAUCCCCUCUGGAGGAAGUCUACUGUACUCGUCACUGCUUGUCCAGAAUCAGUGAUCCAUUUUUUUUCAACUUAUGUCAUAAAGAUCAUGCUGUGGGAGACCAGAUGUGUUCCCGGAUGCUUUUGGAGAUCGCCUUGGAAAUAUUCUUCAAAAAUGGUUACUCCAGAUUUCUUGUCUUCCAUGACAGUGACCGAAAUAAGAUAUUUAAAAGAUUUUGCUCGUUCCAGCCUGCUUUGAAGUCGAAGGGGAUAACAGAAGAAUCCCUAAAUAUAAGGAAGCACUCAGGUGGGGAAAAGACAAUGCUCCAGAAGUGGCAGAAGAGGGAGAUCAGCAACUUUGAUUACCUCAUGUACCUGAACACUUUGGCUGGCCGCAGCUACAAUGAUUACAUGCAGUAUCCUGUGUUUCCAUGGGUCCUUGCUGACUACCACUCUGAGACUCUAAACCUCACUAAUCCUCAUACAUUUCGGGACCUGUCAAAGCCCAUGGGAGCACAGACUGUGGAGAGGAAACAAAAGUUCAUCCAGCGCUUCAAUGAAGUGGAAAAAAGUGAGGGAGACCUGUCAGCCCAGUGCCAUUACUGUACUCACUACUCAUCAGCAAUUAUAGUGGCAUCUUACCUGGUCCGAAUGGAGCCAUUUACCCAGACCUUCUGUUCUCUGCAGGGUGGGAGUUUUGAUGUUGCAGACCGAAUGUUUCAUAGUGUCAAGAGCACGUGGGAAUCAGCAUCAAGGGACAACAUGAGUGACGUUAGGGAGCUCAUCCCUGAAUUCUUUUAUUUGCCAGAGUUCCUAACAAAUUCAAAUCACUUUGAACUUGGCUGCAUGCAGGAUGGAACAGUGCUCGGAGAUGUGCAGCUUCCUCCUUGGGCAGAUGGGGACCCCAAUAAAUUCAUUCUUCUGCACAGACAGGCACUGGAAAGUGACUAUGUCAGUGCACACCUUCAUCGCUGGAUAGACCUUAUUUUUGGCCACAAGCAGCAUGGCUCAGCUGCAGUGGAGGCAGUUAACACCUAUCACCCUUACUUCUAUGGAGACAAGAUGGACCUCAACAACGUUAAGGAUCCUCUGAUUAAGAGCACUAUCCUGGGAUUUAUCAGCAACUUUGGACAGAUACCAAAGCAGCUCUUCACAAAACCACAUCCAUCUAGGAAUGCUCAAGGGAAAAGUUCAGCAGGAAGAGAGACUGGGCUGUUCCUUCACUCAAGUGGAAUUCUUCCUCCUUUUGUGAGCAAUCUGCAAAAUCUGAAGCUCUCACCAGUUACCAUAAAAGACUAUCCCAAGGGAGCUAUUGGGCACAUUGUUCAUACAGAGAAAGGCAUUCUGGCCGUAGAAAAAAAUAAAAUUAUGAUUCCUCCUCUUUGGAGCAAAACAUUCUGCUGGGGAUUUGAGGACUUCACCUGCUCCUUUGGCAACUAUGGAUCUGAGAAGAAUGUGACUACAUUUGAGUGCAUGGCAGACUGGGGAAAGUGCCUCUGUGCAGUGUGUCCUUCAGCAACUACCAUAAUCACAUCUGGAACGAGCUCAGUUGUGUGUGUCUGGGAAUUCACCCUGGUCAAGGAUAAAGUGAAAUGCCUAAACCUGAGACAGGCUUUGUAUGGACACACUCAAGCAGUGACCUGCCUUGCUGCAUCUGUACCCUACAGCAUCUUUGUGAGUGGAUCCGAUGACAGAACCUGCAUCAUCUGGGACCUGAACCAGCUGACGUUUAUGAACCAGCUUCCUGCCCACGAGGAAAGCCUUGAUUCUGUUGCCAUCAACAAUUCAACAGGUGACAUUAUCUCUUGUGCGGGAUCCUACCUGUACCUGUGGACAGUCAAUGGCCAGCUUCUUGCAAGCAUCAGCACUGCCUGCAGCCCCAGCUGCCACAUUGUUUGCUGCUGCUUUGCUGAAGUGAUGGACUGGGACACACGCAGCAUCAUCAUCACAGGAAGCACAGAUGGAGUGGUGAGGCUGUGGAAGACCUCAUACAGCAAUGCCCCAGAGCAAGGUGCUGGACCGAGAGUGCAGAGUGGCGCGACAGAAGAGCCGGGCAGCACAGGUAACAAGUGUGGAAAACAGCUUGUUCUCUGUCGGGAACUGAAUCCCAGCGUUGCCCUGACUGGCAAGGCGAGCAGGACAAGCCCGGCGGUGACAGCGCUGGCCGUGUCCAGAAAUUCCUCCAAGAUCCUAGUUGGUGAUGACUGGGGAAGACUCUGCUGCUGGACUGUGGAUGGGUAGGAAGAAAUAGCCAAGAUUUCUUGUUUUUUUCAACCUUUUGGAUGGAGAGAAAAUUUACCCUUCAGAGCAUGAGAGAAUCAGAGCAACUGGAAGCCUCUUGUUGGGGACUGAAUCUUAAGGGAGUUGGACUGACCCUGCAGUCAAGAACAAUUUAAAUUAGACAAUGGACCCCAAAGUUGUGAGAGAAACUGACAAAUAUGCACAUAAACAAUGAGAUUUUUGUAGUAUUUGUCUUGAGAAAACCUUUUUAUUUAAAAUGUUAUUUUAGAUACAGAAUUUGACAUUGUAUUUCACAAAUAUUAUCUAGCAAAUAAAACUGCCUUGAUUAUUCCAA